AUGUCGGUCUUCGCCUUUCUCAAGGCACCAGUCCCAAACGCCGAUGAGGCAACUAUCGAGCCCGUAACAUCCGCACGAAAAAAGUGUAUUUCGUCCGCGCAUAUCGUUAGCGACCUUGUAGCCAUUCACCGGUCUCAAUGGGGCAUUCACCGUGAGACAGCCAGCGAUAUGCAGUACAUCUGUGUGGCACUCUUUGUACUCAUCGAUGACCUCGAUGAAGAGAAAAGUCACAAUGCUUUUCUGAAUCUGGCGAAGGCUGCUGUGUCCUUUGGUGGACGAUAG